UCGGCUUGUUGGGACUCCCGAGUUUCAAUCCCACCAUUUCCCGUGAUAUCACCAAAAACCAUACCCUUCAUCAUCAGCAAGUCAGAAAUCAUGUCAGCCUCAACGAAACUACUAGCAAUGGGAAAUCCAUUGCUGGAUAUGCAGAUCAGCACGGACGAGAAGAUGCUAGAGAAGUACGGGCUCAAGGCCAACGAUGCUGUCCUGGUCAAUGACUCGCAGAAAGGAAUCUACGCCGAGGUUGCAUCCUUGUCGCCCGUCUAUGUUGCCGGUGGGGCUGCCCAAAACGCAGCCCGAUGUGCACAAUACAUCUUGCCCGAAAACUCUACCGUCUAUCUUGGCGCUGUGGGCGAUGAUGAUCUCGCUAACCAGCUGCGAGAGGCCAACAAGAAAGCUGGCCUCAAAGAACUAUACCAAGUCGUCAAGGAAUUCCCCACGGGGGCUUGUGCUUGUUUGAUUACAGGUCAUCAUCGAUCUUUGUGUACUCAAUUGGGAGCCGCUGAAAAGUUCUCCCCUUCGCAUCUCAAGACCGAGCCGGUGGUCAAGGCUAUUCAAGACGCCCAAAUCUACUACCUCGGUGGAUUUUUCCUCACCCAUGGAAUCGAAAGCUCCCUAGCCUUAGCUCAAGCAGCUACCGAAAGUCAAAAGAUCUUCACCAUGAACCUUUCAGCGCCGUUCAUUGCGGAGUUCUUCAAGGACAAUGUCGAUCAACUAUUACCGCAUGUUGAUUAUUUGUUCGGCAAUGAGUCAGAGGCGGCCGCGUACGCAGCAGCUCACAAUUGGGAUACCAAAGAUCUGCCGACGAUUGCCGUCCGAAUUGCAGCUCUACCCAAGAAAGUGCAGACUCGUCCACGAGUGGUGAUCAUCACGCAAGGAUCCGAAUCGACGAUUGUUGCGAGCACGAGCGCGAGCGCGUUCUCAUCUCCAGCCGACUUGAAGGCAGUCGAAGCAGGCCACGUGCUCAUCGUCCCAGUCUCGCCCCUCAAGGACGAGGAAAUCGUCGACACUAACGGGGCCGGAGACGCCUUUGCAGGCGGCGUUCUGGGCGGAUUGGUGCUCGGAAAACCAAUCGAUCAAUGCAUCGAAAUCGGCCACAAGCUCGGCAAAAUGUGUGUUGGUCAAGUCGGCCCUCAAUUGAAAUGGCCCAAAGUUCAAGUCGUAUGAAUGACAACUAUGUAAACAGUAGAUCUAUGCUGUCCACGUGUAUCAUUUCUGUUCUUUUCUUCAUAGAAAUUUAACCGAUUUCACGCCCCAG